AAAUCGUAACCUAAGCUGAGACUCCAGUUUCAAAGCUCACUUCGCGUGACAUGCACGAUCAACUCAGCGACGAUUUAUACAGCAGUCUUUCUACUGCCGUAGAAGAGGUAAGAAUGAUAACAUAUCAUAAUUUAUGGCAGCUGAGCGCCAUAGUCGACUGUAGUAUUGUAAAAAGGUACUUUUGUCUUGAUCGCUGACAGCUUAACAAAAUAACGAAAACAAUUUAAGCUGAAGCAUGCUCAGUGGCUGAUAUUGAGAUACUUCGCGCUUAAAGAGGCAUGUUUACGCUCGAGAACUUCUGUCUCUUUGUUUUACCCUUUUCAUGACAGGCAUUGUAAAAGAAAUUUUAUUUCAAUUUUAACACAAUUUUCUUUCAAUUUAAGUUUAUUUUUUUCCACCUGUUGUCAAAGUAAGGAAACAAAAUAUUCAUAUGAAACAAGCUCAACAGUGCCAUGUGAUUUAAUGCUGAUCCAGAAUGUAGAUAGCUCAAUUGUAUCAAUGGUAUGUCUAGGUCUAUGUCGUCCAUAGACUUCUAAAAAAAACUUACAAUAAUAAGGUAAUCAGUAGCAAUUUAAUAAUAAUGAUAAUAUUACACAUUCAUAUUUCAAGAAUGAAUUAAUAAUUAUUAACACUGUCACAUCAGACGAAUUUAGCCCUUCUAGCUGCUACAUGUACAAGUAGUAGUUGCAAAUAGAAUAUUAAAAAAGCAUGCCUGUCAAAAUGAUAAAUGUUAUUAUGGUAUCUUAUCUUAUCCAAGUGUUGGCAAAACUGAAUGAGGUUUUUACCAUAAUUAUAAUAAAAAAAUAUAUAGUGCGAGCCUUGAGGGAAGGUUGUCAUAUUUUUGUAAAAUUAAAGCAGUUCAUGUGUCUUGUUCCACUUCACACAUGUUCAUUUUGAUCUUUCAACAAGCUGCUAUAAUGACAGAAUUAGUUGCUUACAUGUAGCCGAGUUACUUUGUUUCCAUCAAUGAUAACCAAUCCCAUGAGUAUUUUCUGAUCUGUAUCUUCUAUUUUUAGUUCCUUCAUUAGAAUGAUAGUACAUGUAUAGUGUACCCCCUUCCCCACCCCCACCCCUAAUUAUAGCAACUCACCUCUCUGGGAUUAUCAACCCCUACUUUUUCACCUUUUACUUUUGUCAAAAGUCAUAAAUGAAAAUUAGGGAUUGUGAAAUAUUACUCUGAGAAAACAGCCAACAUUUUGUGAUGCCGCCAGGUCUCCCUGCAAAAUGACAUUUGAGAAACGAGAUUCCAUACAGAUAAUGCAUCACUAUCAAGAUCUGGGUUGUGCUUGUGAUUAGAUAAAACCUAUUUGGAACCAAUCAGAAGCACUAUCCAGAUCUGGGUAGUGACUCAUCAUCAGUAUGGAAUUUUUGGGCUUGUUUCUAAGAUGUCAUUUUGCUGGAGAACCAGUGUGGUUGUUUUUUUCAGGUGAAAUAUUUGUCAAAAAAAGGUUCAGGUUAGGCAGUCUGAGGAAUAUACACAGAUAGGAUAUCAUAAUUUUUUAAUAGCUCAGUUAUCCUUUUGGAGGGAUACAGUGGAGCCUCGCGUAACAGCCACCUCGGUAAUACAGUCACCUUGUUGUUACAGCCACUUUUUUUGGCCGCUCAGCAAAAACCACCAUACAUUUUCUUGUAAAGAAACCUUCAUUAAUACGGUCACCACGUAAUUUGGCUUCCCCCAAAACUUCAUAUGCUUGUCAAGAAAGUUAAGAAGAUAAUUCACUAGCCCAAUUGCAAAAUCCACAAGCCUUAGGCCACUGGACACAACUUUCUUUGCAUUGCCACUUAUUGUUGUGCAAUUUUUUUCUCAUAGAUCCAAAGACAAGUUGCCCAAGGAUACAGUGUUAUCUGGAACUGUAAAGCAGUGGAUAACUUAUGCUUUUGUAUGGAAGAUAUUUUUAACCAUGGGCUGAAAGAGGGGUUAGUGUGUUGCAUUCUCUGCAUGUUAUUAACAGAAAAUUUUUUCUUUGCUACUAACGGUAAUGUUGAUAUUGCAAAAUAGAAUAUUACAGCUGUAUGCAGGGACCACAUACAUCUUUUAGAGGGUGGUUGUGGAAUGUAUAUUACUAAGUACUAUACCUUUGAGCUUUACCCAUGGGGAGGGGGAGGGGCAGCCAAGCAAUGACUUGUGGAUGAAGAGGGUAUGCUUGAUCUAUCAUUUUACACAUUGUUAUGGAUUUCACUGCAUGUUCCUGUAUGUGUACGGUAUAUUAAGCAUCUUACAUAUAAGUAGGGUCUGUCUAGCCUGUCUGCAGUUUAUUCACCAGAAACAAUGUGUGCUAUCAACAUGUGUUUGUGGGACUGAUGUUGUGUUUUUGUCAUAAGGUGUCUAUUUUUAGACAGCCUGAAAAGCAAAAUUGAGAUGUAAUUUUUUCUGUACAGGAUCAGGGUUUGAAGGCCUCAGCACUUGGCAGAGUUGUUGGAAAAAAAACACUAAUGGAGGUCAAAAGUCUUUACAGACACACUCAACAUGAUAAGACUUAAACUGACUCUCAUCCCUCCU